AUAUCUACACAAUGUUCCUCAAACUGUGUACAAAGAACUCGUAUUCCAAGCCGCGUAGCUCAAAGUGACGUCACCCACCAAACGCCCAUUGCCUUGGUGUAUGUAACAGCUAAAACUCAAGAAGUUGGAUGUAUCGUGACCGCCCGCCUUUCCAGAAGGUGCCCCUCCAAGUACAACACCACAGCUUCACAACAGGAUAUAUCACAACAGCCCAUCCCUACAUUAACACAAUUUUCUAGCCGCCACCACCUCCAUCUCCAGCAACCCCAUCCACCAACAAUGACAGCACCCGUCUCCCACCCGGCCCUAACAACCGCCAUCUGUCACCUGGAGCAUCGCUGCUGGCAAGCUCUCUGCGCCUCGGGGCCCUCCCUCAUUCCGCUUCUGUCGAAAAAUCCCGUCAUGAUCUUCCCCGGAGACAUUCUCCUCACUGCCAACUCCUCGCCCACCCUACACGAAAUGCUACAAAGCCCAGAAUAUCGACCUUGGAAGAGCUACAAGCUAUCGCACGAUGAGGUAAUACCCCUGGGCAGGGACGCCGCCCUCAUCUACUACCGCGUCGAAGCUGUGAGAGACGACACAGUCUUCCGAGCCCUCUGCUGCAGUGCAUGGGUGAAGGAGGGAACUGGAGAGGGGACUAGCGACGAGGAAUGGAAGAUGGCAAGUCACCAACAGACUCUCAUCUAAGAAUUUCAGACUCGUAUUAUGGCAGAGGCAAGCUGAGAAACCUGUGGCUUUUGGGUAAACAGGCAAGAUAUAAUACAGGUACUAUG